AUGGAUGCCAUCAUGGAUGCGCAUGGGUUAUGGGAUGCCAUUGAACCACCAAGUGAACCAGUUGUGGAUGAGAAGAAGAGAAAACAGGCUCGAGCUUUCAUCUUCUGGUCUAUACCAGAGAAGAUUCUUGCACAGGCUUCCAAGAAAAAGACAGCCAAGGAGGUUUGGGACUCUCUAAAGUCACGAUAUGUAGGUGCAGAGAGGGUCCAAAAGACAAGGUUGUGGAUACUGAAGAGUGAGUUUGAAGCACUUCAAAUGAAGGAGACAGAAACCAUAGAUGAUUAUGCUGGAAAGAUAUCAGCCAUGAUUUCAAAGUUUGGGAGUGCAGGGGCAAUAUUGGAAGAUGAAGAAUUGGUGAGAAAGGUGUUCGACACAGUCCCAAAGAGGUUUAUAAACCUGGUGACAUCAAAUGAGCAAAGCUGUGAUAUGGAAUCAAUGCCAUUUGAAGAAGCAAUUGGGCAUUUGAAGGCUUAUGAGGACAGAUUCCGGCUACAGAAGGCAAGCACACAGGCAUAUAAUGCCCUGUUGCUUGCUAAGGUAGAAGGCUCAUCAACCCACCGGAGCCCAAGCAAACCAAACUCGACAGGUGGUCGAGGAAGGGGCGGAAAAAACAACAGGGGAGGAAGAGGCAGUUCACGAGGGCGAGGCUCUACUCGUGGCAGAGGUGGGCGCUAG